AUGGAGACUUGCCAAAAAAAACAAAAAGAAGGUGGUGUAACAAAACCAAAGAACAACAAGUGUUGUGCAUUAAAUGCACGAAUAUGUGAAAAAUUGAAGAAGCGAAUAACAGAUCAAAAGAAAGUUAUAGAUAAUAUAUUGCUGAAGGAACAUGCUUUACAAAAAAACCUAUAUAGACAUAAAAUUAAAAUUGAAGAGCUGUGCAAAUUGAUCUCAAAUUCAGAACGAACGGAAAACAAAUCUUUAAUAAACUCAUCAGAGAAUAAAACCAACAGUGAAUCUGUACCUACAGACAUUAAUGCACAAACUACCUCAUCCGGACUGACCACAACUGACAAAUCUGAAAAUGAAGAUUUACGUGAAAAAACUCCCAUGUCUAAAACAUUAUCCUUUAUAAAUGAAAAUAUUCCAUCCAUAUCCACUCCUGAAAAAAAUAAAGUUAAAAAACAGAUCCUGCAGCUGAAUGUGAUCAGUGCUUCGUUACAGACAGCAUAUGAAAAACAUGACAAUAAAUCAAAACAGAUCCUAAAAGACAUUGUUUCAUCCGAAGCAAUAGAAAAAUAUAAUCUGAAAACUGAUAUUUCGAAAUCAUUGGGACUGAAAGGGAGAGUAAGAAAAUUUAAGAAAAAAGGAAAGGACAUACAAAGAAGCUAA